AUUAUUGAACGCCCAUAAGCUCACUCUAAAGUUAACGAUCAACGACUCAAUGACAACGCAAGUCAAGACGCCGAGGUUCGAGUGUCCGGCAUUGUUAGGUUCAGGUGUUCUUUCGUCUACUCCCAACUUCAUCGUGUCAAAUCGAAAAUGAACCAAUCCUAUCUUCGUUCCUCCAGAACUGUAAUAAUGGUCAUCAGUAGCUCCCCUCUCCCCCUAAAAACUUCUACAUUUGCUCUUCAUUUCUCAACAACCCAACACCAACAAUAUCAACAUAAACAAGAUUUUCAAUCUAAUUCCCCAAUUGGGUCCCCAGCUCGAAUCCAAAAGUUGAUAUCUUCCCAAUCAGACCCACUCCUUGCAAAAGAAAUCUUCGAUUUAGCUUCUCGACAACCCAAUUUUCGUCAUUCCUACUCUUGCUUCCACACUCUCAUCCUCAAGCUCGGCCGAUCUCGCCACUUCUCGUUCAUGGAGGACCUCCUCUCUCGCCUCAAGUCCGAUCGCUACCCCGUCACUCCUUCUCUCUUCUCCGACAUCAUACGAAUCUACGGUGACGCCAAUUUGCCUGAAAAAGCUCUCAAAACAUUCUAUAGGAUGCUUGAAUUCGACAUUAUGCCUCUUCCCAGGCAAUUGAACCGUAUUCUUGAAGUCCUCGUCGCACACCGGAUUUACAUCCGACCCGCUUUUGAUCUAUUCAAGUCCACUCCACGGUUUGGAGUCUCACCCAACACCAAAUCCUACAACAUUCUGAUGCGUGCUUUCUGUUUGAAUGGUGAUCUCAGCAUUGCCUACUCACUGUUCAACCAAAUGUUUAAGAGAGAUGUUGUUCCCGAUGUUGAGUCUUAUCGGAUUAUAAUGCAGGGCUUGUGUAGAAAGAGUCAGGUGAAUACGGCUUUUGACUUGUUGGAGGAUAUGUUGAAUAAAGGGUUCGUUCCGGAUACUCUGUGUUACACCACAUUGUUGAAUAGUUUGUGUAGGAAGAGGAAGCUUAAGGAGGCUUACAAGCUUCUGUGUAGGAUGAAGGUUAAGGGGUGCAAUCCUGAUAUUGUUCAUUACAAUACGGUUAUCUUAGGAUUCUGUAGGGAAGGGCGCGCUCUUGAUGCUUGUAAGGUUCUUGAGGAUAUGCCCCCCAAUGGGUGCUUGCCCAAUUUGGUGUCUUAUAGGACCUUGGUGGGUGGGUUAUGUGAUAAGGGUAUGUAUGAUGAAGCAAAGAAAUAUAUGGAGGAAAUGAUUUCCAAUGGGUUUUCUCCCCAUUUUUCUGUGUUUCAUUCUUUAAUUACGGGCUUCUGUAACAUUGGUAGGAUUGAGGAUGCUUGUGGAAUGUUGGAGGAAAUGCUGAGGCAUGGGGAGACUCCACAUAUGGGUACUUGGGAAGAAAUUAUACCAAGGAUUUGUGAGGUGGAUGAUAUUACUAAAAUGAGGGAUAUUUUACAAGAGAUUUUGAAGGUGGAGAUAAGGCCUGACACGAGAUUAAUGGAAGCAGGGGUUGGUUUGGAGGAAUACUUGAUCAGGAAGACACGAGCUAGAUCGAGAAAGGCUUGAAUGUUCUUUGUUGUUAGGUUUAAUGAUCCACUGCUACUCCCCUUGUAAUGAGAAGCUGUGAGGUUCCAGAAAAGUUUUUGGAUCUGGGGAGAUCAACUAGUUGCCGGUAACCAAGCAGCACCAAUCUGGGUGGAAUAUUGGAUCUUUGCUGAUAUCUCAAGUACUGCUUAAAGAUGCGCUUAUCUAGCUCAUAGAAUUGCGCUUUCCUUAACCUGUCCUGUUCUAAUGAGAGCCAUUAGUCUCAGGUGGUUUCACUGCUUAAUCUCCUUUGAGGUGCCACCGCAAAUUGAAGCUAUCAUAUGCAAUAGCAAAAAUCUCUUCCUCUUCUACAUACUCAUUAUUUACCAAAAAAUAUGUUCAUCAUGCUCAUGGAAUCUCUUAGAGCUGCAAACAACAUGCCCACGGGAGUCGAAAGAGCUGCAGAUGGGUGGUUUCAUCAUCAGGUGUUGCCUUCCUUUCCCAUAUGCCUGAGAUGGUGUUUAUAUGUUUUUUUCUUUUUUCCUGGUCAAGCAUGACCUUAAUUUAAAAGCAUGAGAUAUUCGAUGAAAUACAGUUGCAAUGUUAUUUCUCUUGUUUGUAUAAGAAUUCACAUAAAGGUUCAAGCUCUGGGUGGCACCAGAUGUUUUGCUGAAAGCAACUAGAAAUGAAGUGGCCAGCAGUGUGUAAUUACAA